AUGACUGUCUACAUCCCAGGUCUUUUGAUACCUGAUGAAGAGAAAUCUGAGAGCAGAGAAGAUGACAAAGAAAUACCCUGCAGCCCAAUUCCAAUGACAGCAGAGAGAAGACGCAGUCUGUGGUAUGCAAGCCACUAUACAACUGAUGAGAGAAAACUUCUGUCAAUGACCCAAGAUGAAUACAAGCCAUCGGAUGUUCUGUUGGUAACAGUGAACGGGAACCCUGCUGACUAUCACACCAUCCACCCCACACUGCCCUUAGAGAAUGGCCCGGCCAAAGCGGACAUGUACUCAACACCACAGUACAAAUGGGAGCCCUCGGAUGACGUGUCAGAAAAGGAAGAGGAGGAAGUAGAAGAGGAGGAAGAAGUUACUCAGGAGGAAAAAGAAAAUGUUAAAUUGCAUGCCCUGGUCACUGUGUUCCAAUUUAUCAUGAAGCAAAGUUACAUUUGUGCUUUGAUAGCUAUGAUGGCAUGGAGUAUCACGUAUCACAGCUGGUUGACUUUUGUGCUGUUGAUCUGGUCUUGCACACUGUGGAUGAUUCGAGACCGAAGGAAAUAUGCUAUGAUCAGUUCUCCUUUCAUGGUUUUCUACGGAAAUUUACUGCUGAUAUUACAAUAUAUUUGGAGUAUUGAGCUCAAGAAUGAUGAGCUUCCUCAAGUAUCAGGUUUCCUAGAAAGAAAGGAACCUGGAGAGUUAGCAUCAAAGAUUCUUUUUACGAUUACUUUCUGGCUACUGCUUAGGCAACACCUCACUGAACAGAAAGCACUUCAGCUAAAAGAAGCUACAUUAUCUGAGGUCAAAGUUGGAAGUGAAGAAGAUGAAGAAAAAGAAGAGGGAGAGUUGCAAGAGGGAGAAGUGGCAGAAGAAGAGGAGGAGGAGGAAGAGGAACAGGAAGAUGAUGAGGAAGAUGAACAGGAUAUUAUGAAAGUUCUGGGGAAGCUGGUGAUGGCUAUGUUCAUCAAGUACUGGAUUUACGUCUGUGGAGGCAUGUUCUUCUUUGUCAGCUUUGAGGGUAGAAUUGUCAUGUACAAAAUCAUCUAUAUGGUGUUAUUCCUGUUCUGUGUGGCCCUCUAUCAGGUGCACUACGAAUGGUGGAGAAGGAUUCUGAAAUACUUUUGGAUGUCAGUUGUUGUUUACACGAUGUUGGUACUUAUCUUCAUCUACACAUACCAGUUUGAGUCAUUCCCUGGGUUGUGGAAAAAUAUGACAGGCCUGGAUGAAAACAAGCUAGCAGACCUUGGUUUAAAAAGAUUUUCUGUGGCUGAGCUGUUCACUCGCAUCUUUAUCCCCACCUCCUUCCUACUGGCAUGUAUCUUACACCUUCACUAUUUCCAUGACCGUUUCCUCCAGCUCACUGAUUUGAAAGCUGUAACCAGCAAACAGGACAAUACAAUUUACAGGUAAAGAAACUAAUUGACUUAUUCAUUAUCCAUAUGAAAAUGCUAUUUCUGACUGUUUUGUAAUGUUCCCUUUUUGUUAGAUGUUAUUUGCUUUUGUUGUAACUACCUGAGUUAAAAAGAAAGGAAGAAAAAAAAAAAAAGCAUGCUUUAGCAAUCAGCACCUCACUAAAUAUGCUACAACCAAAGUAUGUCUUCCCACACCUUCCACUACUUGCAAAGAUUUCUCAUUUGGAGGUAUAUUUUCAAAUACACUGAUAC